AUGGAGACCCUGGGGACCCUUCUUGUGCUCGUCACCCUACUUCUCAAGCCCUCUGAGGCCCAGCAGGACACCGGAAAGCGCCUGCAGCCCUGGCUGGUGGGCCUCAUCGCGGUGGUGGGUUUCCUGUUCAUCGUCUUUGUUUACUUGCUGGCCAACCGCAUCUGGUGCUCCAAAGCCAGAGACAAGGAUGAGGAGGAGGCCGAGUUCAGAGAGCAGCCCAACGUGUGCCCGGACAUGGACCUGAGCAAAAAAGAUAAGAAGGAGAAGAGAAAGAAGGAGAAAAAGAAUAAACAUGCAGAGAAGGGAGAGAGCAACUUGGGGCUGGAGCUGGAGGAGAAAGAGGAGCCCCCAGACCAGGUGGAAGGAAAGAACACGGCCAUGUGA